AUGCCAACACAUCUUCUCGGUAGUAUAGGGGAGCACAAUGUUGUCAUGGCAUACCUUCCAAACGGCGAAUACGGCACUAACAGUGCGGCGGCAGUUGAAACCGACUUGAUAAGGAGCUUCCCAGAGGUGUGCUUCGUCUUGAUAGUCGGUAUUGCUGGAGGUGCCCCAAGCUCGAUACAUGAUCCUGACUCCAGCGAAGACGUCCUCUACGAAAGAGGCUGCGUUCAUUCAUCACAGACCGAGAGGUGUGACAAGACCUGCUCUCAGCAAGUCCCGAGGAGGCCACGAGAAAACGACGAUGAUGCCUUUGCUGUUGAUUGUGGGCUUGUGGCUUCUGGAAAUUCUUUGAUGAAGGACGCGAAGUUGCGAGAUAAAUACUCUGCGGAGAAAGGCGUACUAUGUUUUGAGAUGGAGGCUGCUGGCAUGAUGAAUGUGACCGGCUGCGCAGUUAUACGUGGAAUCUGCAACUACAGUGACACGCACAAGAACGAUCACCGGCAAAGAUUCGCAGCCAUGAUUGCGGCGGCCUAUGCAAGCAGUUUACGCCAGAAAAUUCAGCCUGAAGAGGUUCAGGGGGAGAAGCUCGGCGAGAGCUGGUUGGCACCACCCGGACCUUCAGUCAACGCAGCGAGCGCAAGAUACCGACAGCAUCCCGGCACAGGCGAGUGGUUCAUCGUGUCUGAACAGUUUCUCCAAUGGAAACAAGGAGAGAGGCGGCAUAUGUGGUUGUAUGGCAUGCCUGGAUGCGGAAAAACUGUUCUGGCCACGACGAUCCUUGACCAUGUCGCAGCGCUGGAAAACUCAAUCACCAUUUCAUUCUUCUUCGAUUUAAGUGACCGCAAUUUACAAACGGUUGACGGGAUGCUACGCAGCCUGCUUUCUCAUCUCCACGAAGCCUUGUCUGAAUUGAACGAUCCCAACGAAGAGUUUGCAGAAUUGUUGAACAAAAAACUAUCGCUCCAGUCUCUGUUGCGACCUUCACUACCUGCGUGGAAGCAAUGGCGAAUGGGCCGCGAACACGAAUUUUGGAGCAGACUGCAGUCCAUUAUCGGGGGCGACAACUGGAUUGAGCUGGACAAGAAGGCUGUCAACACUGAUAUUCGUGCGUAUGUCGACUUUCAGAUUCAUAAUAGCUCAGACUCAGCGGGUGGAAUGGGAACACUACAGUACGAAAAUCGAUUCGAGAAGAGAUUGGGAAUAAAGCGGGAGGAAUACUUUGCCAAAGACCUUGGACGAGACAUACAGUCGAGUUUUGGACCAGAUUCCACCAGCAAGCGAGCCGAGUACAAUUCGUCUCAUCCAAUUUUUGAUCUGGGCGAUAAGCCUCUGGUAUUGAGUGAAGCUGUGGACAUUGUGGCAAUGCGCCCGGAAACCCCUAAAAGCCCAUAUGACGUUAACGAUCGGCCCCCUCGACCAAGCGAGAUCGUGGGAUACUCCCCAUACUUUAUAACUCUCACCAGAUUCGACAAGGUUGUGGAACACUCCACGCAGGAGAUCAAUAUCACGGCUAUACAUCUGUCGCAUUUCUCCAUUAAGGAAUAUCUAAUGCGGGAGGGUGGGAGUUUCGCCAAUUCACAGGCCAGAACAAGUAUCAAGGGGUGCUGUACAGCAUAUCUUGACUGUUUGCGCAAUGCGCUGACCACCAGUUCCGACACGAAGCGACCCGGAGACUUUCCGCUUGGGCCAUACGCAGCUAGGAAUUGGCUCAAGCGUUUGCCACUCCUUGGGCGCCAGGUGUACGAUCCUGAUGGUGACAAGUUCCAAUACCCGAUACGCGAUUACUACGGAUUCAGCAGAAUCCUAGAGAAACUUAUCAAGACAGAGCCAACUACAAGUCGCUGGAAGCUGUUUCUUUCGGUACGACAAGCAGCUGGUCUCGUCGAUGACCAGGUGUCACUGGUAUCUUUUAUCUGCCAGCAUGGUCUCUCUGAAACAGCUGUUUUGGUCUUGCUCACUGCUGAUCCGUCUCUCGAAGUCGGCCAUGGAAUGUUAAAGGAGGGACGACUUUACAUUGCGACACAGCUGGUGUUCACAUCCUUCUUCAUAGCGCCCCAGGGCUGCUGUACAGCAUGA